UAUGCAGUUAAAUAUAUAUAUGACAAUUGCUAAGUAUUUGGAAAUUUGUAAAGCUAGCAAUCAAAAUAUAAUCGCCAUGCUUAGCAGAGAUUUCGGGGAACAGGACCGGUACGAAAAAACGGCUAACGCGAUAGUUACAACGUGGCUUAUAUCUUUCGAACAGAUUGCGCGUGACGCACCAUUGGCAGCAUCCUAUUUUCGGAACAUCGCGUAUUUUGCGGAAAAGGAUAUUCCGAUAUCGUUGCUGCCUGAUGGGCGAGAAGAUUGGGACAAAGUCGAAGCUGUGGGCGUUUUAAAAGGGUGUGCGUUUAUACUGGAUCGUGGAACAGUAGAUCGAUUCGAUAUUCAUCGGCUUAUGCAUAUUGCGAUACGGAACUGGAUCCAAACGCAGGGCGAUCAAGGUGAGCAAGUGACAGAGUACGAGGAGGCAGAGCAAAUGCACCGGGAAACAUUAGCGCUUAGGAAAAAGGUGCUGGGCCCAGAAAACCCGUCGACACUCAACAUGACCUCCCACAGAGGCAAAAGCUCUCCAAACUUCUCUGCAUCCGUAGAUCAUCUUCCCGGAUCCAUCAACUUGGCCGACAUCGCUAUUUCAAGUAUUGCUUUCGUUUUUAUCAAUUGUGUAGCAGACUAUUUGUCAUCACGUACAUGCUGCUACCGCAUGAGCGAAGCCAAGGGUUGGAUCCUGUCAAUUAUUUUCGGGAGGUUAACUAAGGAAGAAGGGUGCGUUCCGUGUGCGGACCUCGCCUAUGUAGGUGCGCCUGAGAUCCAGGGGUCCAAAGCUAUCUUGUCCAAGCCAGGAUUUACCGAAUAAAACCGACUACCAACGCCCAGAGGCUGAAACCUCUAACACAGCC